AUCCCCACCGCCGUCACGCGGCACACCACCUCCACUCCCGACGCAGACCCACCGCAACAUCUACUCCGCACGUGCCACUCCACCUGUCCUCCCCCUCCUCCCAUCCUCCCUUUAUUUCUACCCACCGCCACCUCUCCCCACUCCGUCCAUCACCCUCCCACCCCAAACUUUUCGACCAAAUUCCCCAACAAAUCCCACCCCAUGGCAGAGUACGGCCGAGUAGGAGAUCGCGGACAACACCAACAAAAACAGCAAUCCACCGCCCAACAAUUACUGAAAGCCGUGACGGCAAUUGCCACCGGAGGCUCAUUGCUGGCCCUGUCCGGCGUGACGAUGGUAGGGACAGUAAUCAUACUGACAAUCGCAAUGCCUCUGCUGGUCAUUUUCAGCCCUGUUCUCGUGCCGGCCGCGAUCGCCGUGGCACUGAUCGGGAGCGGUUUCCUGGCUUCAAGAGGGCUGGGGGUGGCGGCGCUCUCCGUGCUGGCGUGGAUGUACAAGUACAUGACAGGGAAGCAUCCGGUGGGGGCGGAUCAGAUCGACCAAGCGCGCGCGAGGAUUGCGGCGAAGGCGAGGGAUAUAAAGGAGUCGGCGCAGCAGAAGGUGGAGCAGGCGACUUCUUGAUUGGGAGUGUGGAUGUAUUUGUUUUAAUAUUGCGUUAUGUUGUUCAGUUUCCUACGUGGUGUGUUGUUGCAUGGUAAGUAUGGUUUUUGUGUUUUGUUUUGCAUGUUGCUGGCUGUUUGAUGUGUUGCAUGUUUGAGUAAAUGUGUUGCUUCUUUUGAAAAUGUUUUAGAUGUUUAUGAA